CGCAACCACACCCAUUUUGAAUUCAACUUCCUCUUUACUCCCAAAAAGAAUAACAAAUUGCGUAGCAGAAAAUUCAAAAAUGGAGAAGGCUAAGCAAAUGCUUCGAUUUCUUGGAAAUUCGGGAGAGGUGGCCGGAUCUGGUUCCGUCAUCGACGAAUUCGGCUUCGUCGAGGAUUUGUCUUCCUGGGAAUUCGUGAUCCCCUCCGACGACGACGAGGAAGCCUACUUCUUCAACGAUGAAGUCCUAGACGGAGACGACUACAACCCUGGGAUGAAACAAGAAGACACCGUUCUCGAAUUCGGGAUAAAACAAGAUCGCUCGUGCCCGGUUGGUUCCCCUUCUUCCGGCGCAUCCAUGGAAUCUCCCUCGCCUGACCAGAUCUCUGUCCCACUUGAUGUUGCAGCUGUCGCGCUUGUGGAGUACGGAAGUGGUAGCGCUUAUGGGCCUGAUUGCGGUGUUGAAGAGGAAGACGAGGAAGAUGAUGAUUACGAUCUGGAUGAUGAGUUAGUUCCUUAUUGGGAUAGCUAUACGUUUGGGAAGCAGAGGACGAAGAAGCUGAAAAAGAUGACAUGUCCAAGGAUGAAGAUCCAGAGAAGGUUGCCCUACUAUUACAACAAGCCUGGGGCUAUCUGGAAGAUAAGGUGAUCAAUGAUUUGAGUUCUUGACCGCCUGGUUCCAAUUAGAAGAUAAGUACAACUGCUGGAUAUAGAAUUUGUUUAAUUCUGUGAGCUAUGAGUGCUGCUAUUAGUUGUGUGUGUGUGUUCAUUCUGGGCAAUGCAAUCUUUAGUACUCCGUAGAAUGUAAGUAUUUUGUGCACAUACUUGUCUUGGUAUGAUCAAAGUAUGUCAUUAUCUCACGCACUUCUGUGAUAUGCAAUGUCUAAGGAUGAAGAACAGGGAUUGGAAAAAG